AUGUACCCGUUUCAACUCAAGCCUGAAGCUGUCAACACGAUCGAGCCAAUGGGGUUGGAGAAAUUGAUGGCCCUUGUCGCCUCACAAACCAUUUUUAAUUCGAUAAACAUCGAGCCUUACAUCUACAUUUGCAUGCGCAUCUUCGAUCACUAUGGGGCGUCCCGCUUUUUGCAGGAAGGUCUCGAAAGGGCAGAGGAAUGGGUAACAAUGACGAGUAUUGACAACGAGGAUCGUACCCGCCGUUUUGAGAUCAUGAGCCUACUGUCUGCCAAGCUUCAUCAGCGAAGAUACCUGUUAGAGGAUGUACCGUUGCUGAACGAAGGCCAUCCAGACCCGGCGACACACGAAGACAGUCAAAGAGAGGCGCACGCCCUACUGGUCAAAUCUACUACGCUGCUACGAGACUAUCAAAGCCACGGCCAUAACGAAAGUUUGGAGCAGGCUAUCUUGGAUGGGAGGCGAUCCAUCAGCCUGACUCCGAUCAGUCACCAGUACCUGCACUCCACCAUCAGCAACGUCGGUGUGAUGUAUGGCCGCAGGUAUGAGAAGCAUGGAGAUGUCACCGAUAUCGACCAGGCAGUGAAGAUGGCAGACUUGGCUUUGAUGGUUUUACCAGCUACAGAGAACGGGUCUCGGCUAUCUCGACUCAUCAACCUUGGUAGCUGGCUAGGCCGACGAUUCAUCGCACGAAGUGAGCUACAAGACCUUACAAGAGCGAUCAACAUAAUGGAAGAGGCUUUGAAAUUGGCCUCACACGGGCCCGAAGAGGCCUCCGUAUCGGCGAAUCUAGGCAAUCUGCUGCAAGAUAGAUACGUUCAAUCAGGCGCGGUAGAGGACUUCAAUCGAGCCGUUGAUAUGGCUGAAAGUGCAGUCAUUGCAAUGCACAGUGGGGAGAGCAAGCACUUUACACUACAAGAUGUCCAGGUUGGACUCAUGCUGCGAGUGAAAAACCGCUACAGGACGUUUGGUAUCUUGAAAGACCUCGAUCGUGCCAUCGAACUUGGAGAGGACAUCGUUUCGAGUACUCCAAACGAACACAUGCGUUACAACACGCGCUUGAGUGAGCUCUCAUCCAUUUACACUCUUCGAUACGAAAAGAGAAGGAACGUGGAGGACCUGCGCCGAGCCUUCGAACUACACGAGACCACGGCCGACCUCCCUACUUUUGGCGAUAGGCCAUAUGCCAGCAUGUACAAGGCACGCCGGGCAGACUUGCUGAGUCUCCGCUUUUGUCAUCCUGGAGGGCCAUCUGAUCGGAAUGAUAUUGACCAAGCCGUAUCUCUGGCUGAGGAAGUUCCUCCGAUGAUCAAUGGAAAGGACCUCGAGUACCGCAAUGCUCUCAUCAACUUAGGAACCAUAUGCGCUAUCCGACACGACAAGUAUGGUGAAGUAGCGGAUCUGAGCAGAGCGAUUGAAGUCUGUGAGAUCGCUGCAUCGUUGAUGCCAGAAGAUGCAGUCGAACGAUGCGGUGUUUACUUCAACUUGGGCAAAUGGUAUUCGGAACGCUAUCAGGCGUACCAGAACGACCGUGACUUGCAGAAAGCGCUCGCAGCGUACCAGGAUGGAUUAGCGAGCAAGAACAGCCAGCCGCGAUGGCGGUUACAUGCUUCACGCCGCGUGGCCGACAUACUAUUCGAGCGAUCUGAAUGGUCUGAAGCUUACGACGUCUUGAAAGAAGCUGUUCAGACUAUGUCGCUUGUCAGUCCGCGGUUUCUUGAGAACACUGAUAAACAAGACCAGCUCGGAGAGUUUGAAGGUUUAGCGUCUAUGGCUGCAGUUGCUGCCCUGAAUGCAGGCCAGACACCACAUCACGCUUUGGAACUCCUGGAAAUGGGUCGGGGCAUCAUAUCGGGGCUCCUUUUUGGUACGAGAUCUGGUGUUACCGACCUCGGCAUAGCCGAUGAGAAGCUGGCUAGUGAGUUUGAGUUUUACAAGGACCUUCUGGACCCGCCGCCAAGCGCUCUCUCCAUCACUUCUGCGGAUCACGGGAAUGCUGCUGCUGCGCCGGAUCGCUUGAGACGACAUCAAGAGAACAGCGAAAGACUGGACUCAAUCAUAGCGGCCAUACGGAACAUACCUGGACAAGAAAGGUUCCUCUUACCACCCUCGGAAUCCGAGAUCAUGGCGGCAGCCGUGAGAGGCCCGAUCGUGAUCAUCAACGUCAACGAAUAUCGUUGCGACGCUUUCAUUGUCGAGACUCAUCGAAUACGUUUGGAGAGCCUUCCUCUACUGAUCGCGGGCGAGAUCCAAACCCGAUUCCUAGAGCAAGGUCUCAAGACGACAUCAUUAGAAGCACUGAAAAUAUCUCAGUAG